CCUAAUCUUCAUCGCCAAUAUAUAGAGAGUGGAUUAUCAUCACUACUCUGGUUCAGAGAAGCUCCCCAGCCAAUCCGUUCAAGAAGACAUAGAUGAAUCUCAACUUAGGUUAUCCUUGGCUCUGUCUUCCCUCUCCACACAAAUUUUCAAACAACGCUGCUCUCUUGUAUCUCAUAUCAAGUACUACUCACGAAUCGUCUUCGUUGAGAAACCAUACAUUUUCGACCCUCUCAGUGUCCAAGAGCUUCUUCAAGUACUCCAGAGCUUCACUGAGCGAGAGCGAGAAUGAGGUCGCUGCCGAAAGCUCUGUUUCUUUGGAUUUGUCAGGCGAGGAGUGGCUUAAUUGUGUAUCGAUUGCGAAGGAUGCAAAUGAAGCCUUGAACAUGAUCGCUGAAAAGUCUCAGAGAAGUGGUGGUGUUGUGAGUAUUGAUGACUGUUGUUCGAUCAUAUCUGCGGCGCUUGAUCGGAACAACGCCGACUUGGCGUUGUCAAUUUUCUCUGCCAUGCGUUCUAGCUUCGAUACAGGGGCAGGUGUUAGUGAAAAAGGUCCAUCAGUUGAGAGAUGGAAGUGGUCUCGACCGGAUGUACAUACUUACACAUUGUUAGUUCGGGGUCUUGCAGCAUCACUGAGGGUUUCAGAUGCUCUUAGGAUGAUUGCCAGUGUAUGUCGAGUGGGAGUGUCUCCAAGUGAGGAGGUCCCUUUUGGUAAGCUCGUUAGGUGUCCAACUUGUAUGGUAGCUGUUGCAGUUGCACAACCUCAACAUGGUAUUCAGAUUGUGUCCUGUUCGAAGUGCCGGUACAAGUACGAGCUAGUUUCAGGAGACAUUGUCAGUAUUGAGUCAGAAGAGAUCAGCAUGGAUGUUCCUGCUUGGAAGAGGGGGCUAAGUUUCUUGCAAAUAAUGAAGCAAAUCAUUCCUGCUGCUGUUCACUCCAUUGUGGUGCAGACUCCCUCUGGUAUGGCAAGAACAAACAAGUUUGCUACUAGAACAGUUGAUCUCCCUGCCCAAGAAGGAGAAAGAGUUACCAUUGCUCUAGCAGCUCCAUCAAAUGUUUACAGAGAGGUGGGUCCCUUAAAAUUUAGUCCUAAAGUACCCAACUUCUACCCUGGAGAGCCUAUGUGUUUGACAAACCACAAAGAUGGUCGAGAAUCACUUUUACUAAGAGCUCCCACAGAAAAUAGAGGCCCGUCCUUACUCAACCCCUCUAUCUUAUUUCCACUUCUUGCUCUACUGGCCACUGGGGAUGCUGCCUCUGGAAUUAUUGAUCCCAGCUUGCCUCAGUUCAUUUCAGUUGCUGCUGUUUCCUCUCUUGCUCUUGGAGCCACUUUGAAUAGUCUGGUUUUCCCCCAACUAAAUCAGCUUCCUCAGAAGUUGGUAGAUGUAACUGCUAUCAGGCAGCAACUUUUAUCUCAAUAUGACAUACUUCAAUCUCGAAUCAAGAAUUUGAAAGAAGCUGCUGAAAAUGAGGUUUGGAUGCUGGCUCGAGUAUGUCAGUUGGAGAAUAAAAUUGUUGCUGUUGGAGAACCUUCUUAUCGUGCUCGGAGAAGUAGAAUCAAAAGGGUGCGUGAAGGCCUUGAAAGUUCCCUCGAGAAACGGAUUGAACUGAUUGCCAGCUUUGCAAGAAUUUCUUCAAUGAUUGAAAUUGAGGUAGAGAUGGACUCUGAUCUUCUUGCUGCUGAAGCGGCUAACAACGCGGAAAGUAUUGCUGAUCAAAUACAACAAAUCAUGGAGCUUGAAAAUCUUGAAGAGAAAUGGAGACUCCAAGCUGAGGCGAACGAUGAGGUGGAAAGACUUCUCAAUUCUGAACCCUUGCCAACAGAACAAGUGUUUGAUGUAUAAAAAUGUAUCAAUAGAAACAAACACGAGGCACUGGUGUAAGAGACAUCGAUUCCCUUUAUACGUCCACAAUGAUGCUGCACGACAAAACGAUCAACCACCAACAUCAUGCCUUGAGAGGAAUCUUGAACUGUGCAUGAUCACGGAAAAGGAGAACGAUAGCAUCACAAAAUAGGUGCUCGACGGUGUCAUAGCCGAACACUUAUCCUAGCUCACUGACUGACCUCAGAGUUCAGAAAUCAUCAGAAAACAGUGGCAUUCUUUUGUAGAUUAAAACCACAUUAUCAAUUAAAAUAUGAAAUUAAUCACCUUUACUCAAAUUUGUUGCUUCACAGGGAGUCAUUGUAUGGAUGGAACUGUUAGUGUUCUUUUCGCAGAUCAUAUGUAUUAUACUUGCAAUGAUGUUCAUCUCAUAUAUGUUUUUGCUCAAA